AUGCUUGAGGAUCAGAACCACGAAACCACCAUCGAAACAUCUGAACGGAUCCCAAAAUUGACUUCAUCAGUACAUGACAUUGCUGCUGAGAAACCACCAUUUGGUUCGAGAUUUCUCACAGAACAGUCUGACGUAUGGACUCAGAACGCCUGGGACCAUGUUCCACCUCCCAAUGAUCAGGCUGAGACCAUAUCUGCAUCACUAGCGAGACAACGUGUUGCACCAGUACCCGAGCCUGAAAAAGAGAAGUACAACGCCAAGCCUGCAAAGUAUUGGGAUAACUUUUACAAAACAAAUGCCGACAAUUUCUUCCGGGAUAGAAAAUGGCUGCACUUGGAAUUUCCCGACUUACUAGCAGCUGCUCAGCCAGAUGCAGGAGACAUCACGAUCUGUGAAAUAGGCUGUGGUGCGGGUAACACCGCAUUUCCUCUCCUUUUGGCGAAUAAAAACCCUAAACUCGCGAUACGUGCAUUCGACUAUUCAUCACACGCCGUGAAGUUGGUCCAGGCGAACAGUUUGUAUCGUGAUCCGCCUGUCGGAUCCAUACAAGCUGCAGUGUGGGACCUCUCAUGUGAGAAUAGCCUUCCGCUUGGAGUAACACCCGAGUCAGUGGACAUCGUGGUACUGGUUUUUGUCCUCAGUGCUCUGCAUCCCGACGAGUGGGAAAGAGCCGUUUCCAAUAUACACCGGAUGCUGAAACCAGGCGGCAUUAUCUUGUUACGGGAUUAUGGUCGGUAUGAUCUCACUCAAUUACGUUUCAAGUCGGGGAGACUACUGGAGGAUAACUUCUACAUCCGUGGAGACAAAACGAGGGUCUACUUCUUUGAACUUGAUGAACUGGCUUUGAUAUUUACGGAUGCACGACCUACCUCAGCCCAGAAAACCAGUAAUACAUUGGAGACAGUUGAAGAAGCUCAGGACGGUUCAUGUGAUGACCCCCUAACCUUAUCACCGUACUCGGGAAGUCGUGAUGAUCAGAUAUCUGGAGGCCAUUCCCCACUACCUGAAGUGGUAAUUCACCCCAGCCUCCUCAGGCCGCAUCCGCCCCGUCCCCCAUUUAUCAUCGAACAACUUGGAGUAGACAGACGUUUAUUGGUGAAUCGAAAACGCCAACUAAAAAUGUAUCGGGUGUGGGUGCAGGGGAAGUUUAGAAAGUGUCCUUUUGAUGGAGGGGGUACGUGCGAUGCCUACGAGCUCGAAUGUUAA